CAUAAAAUGAAGAUAACCAUAGCACCAAAUCUCCCCAGGUUUUUGUUAGGAUAAAAUAAGAUACUUUAAAAUGCACUUUGCAAGCAUUAAAGCACCGCAUAAACGUUAGCUAUCAUUAUAAUAUGGUCAAUACGAUAUAAUUUAAUAUAUCCUAAGACGAUAACAUAGGAUGCUCUUUUAUAGUUUAUACAACCUGAUAUAAUAUAACGUCGCAGAAGAGUUGCGGGUGUACUUUAGAAGGAUAAGGUUUCCCACCGGGAGUACCCCGUAUCGAUUAAGUUACAGGUGCAGCUCCCAACCCCACAGUCUUAGGUUAUAGAUUUACAGAAUACUGAAAUAAAAUACUAGCAAGGAGUUUAUUAUAAAUAUCCUAAAUAGGCGAGACCGACGUUACAAAUGUAUCUCUAUAUGUACGGAUCCCGAAUACUGCCAAUUCUAGCUUUAUAUAGCCCUUUAAGGAACGCAAAGCGCUAUACUUUUAUCAUUUUCUACUCCUCUGUAUCAUUUUGUUACAUUGCGUCUCAUUUUACAGCUCGUUUUGUUACAAUACGUUACAUUUUGACUAUAUUAUACAUUGGUCUUUGCGUAUACAGAUACAGAUUUAUAUUUAGAAUACAGAUGCAACAUUAUAAAACAACUAUCUUUUAAGCAGACGCGACUUCUAUAGAAGACCGCGAGAUCUUUAUUUGUCAGCAAGGUUGUACCAUAAAUCUUGUGGAGCCAUCCCCCUGUUACCGACCCUGCGGGCGGGCCCGGGGGGAGAGCUGUUGGGAGAUUGCUUUCACAUUGCAAGCUCAAGUAGUUGCUUUUUUAAGGAGCGGAAGAUAAUGGAGACAAUUAGGCAGGUCCCCCUGUGUUCUGUCAAAGUGACUGGCGCGUUCGAGGGCCCUCCCUGUCAGCCGGUCCAAGGCCCCUUCCUGCUCGGCCCUUAUCCCGGGCGGGCGCCGGAGAGGGAGCGAGCUCUGCCCACCCCCCUCCCCCGGCCCCCUGGGCCCCCGCGAUGCCGCAGGGUUGCUGCUGCGCCAGCCGGACUCCUGGAUCGCGACCCGCUUAGUUUGACUUCGGCCGCCAUUCCCCGGGCAGGGAGAGGGCUGGAAGAACAAUUCGUGGAGAAGACUUCCUGCGCGCAGCCCCUCGGCGACCUCCCGGGCCUCGGCGACUCCCACGGCGACUUCGGCGGCAGCCUGGGAGGGGGCGGCGGCUGCAGCCCGUCCUCCCUGUGCACCGAGCCCCUCAUCCCCACCACUCCCAUCGUCCCCAGCGAGGAGAUGGCCAAGAUCGCUUGCAGUCUGGAGACCAAGGAGCUCUGGGAUAAAUUCCACGAGCUGGGCACCGAGAUGAUCAUCACCAAGUCGGGCAGGCGGAUGUUCCCCACUAUUCGGGUCUCGUUUUCCGGGGUGGACCCCGAAGCCAAGUACAUCGUUCUGAUGGACAUCGUGCCGGUGGACAACAAGAGAUACAGAUACGCCUACCACCGCUCGUCCUGGCUGGUGGCCGGCAAGGCCGACCCUCCCCUUCCGGCAAGGUUGUACGUGCACCCAGAUUCUCCUUUCACUGGAGAGCAGCUGCUGAAACAGAUGGUGUCUUUUGAAAAAGUGAAACUCACAAAUAAUGAACUGGAUCAACAUGGCCAUAUAAUUCUGAACUCUAUGCACAAAUACCAGCCCAGAGUUCACAUCAUUAAGAAGAAGGACCACACUGCCUCCCUGCUCAAUCUGAAGUCUGAAGAAUUCAGGACAUUUAUUUUCCCUGAGACUGUGUUCACAGCUGUCACUGCCUACCAGAAUCAGCUGAUAACCAAGCUGAAAAUCGACAGCAAUCCAUUUGCCAAAGGUUUCCGAGAUUCCUCCAGGCUCACUGAUAUCGAAAGGGAAAGUGUUGAGAGUCUGAUUCAGAAGCAUUCCUAUGCCCGCUCACCUAUCCGUACCUAUGGGGGAGAAGAGGAUGUCCUGGGAGAUGAGAGCCAGACAGCACAAAACAGAGGAUCAGCUUUUACUGCAUCUGACAAUUUGUCGCUCAGCUCCUGGGUAUCUUCUUCAUCCAGUUUCCCCGGAUUCCAGCACCCCCAGUCUCUGACUGCCCUGGGAACCAGCACCGCCUCCAUUGCCACGUCCAUUCCUCACCCCAUCCAGGGAUCUCUGCCCCCCUACAGCCGCCUAGGGAUGCCUCUUGCGCCCUCUGCCAUCGCUACCUCCAUGCCGGGGAGUGGGCCCACGUUCCCUUCCUUCCACAUGCCCAGAUACCACCACUAUUUCCAACAGGGGCCUUAUGCUGCCAUCCAGGGACUGCGCCACUCCUCCACAGUGAUGACACCAUUUGUAUGACUGACCCACGCAGAGGGCAACCUGGAUGUAGAAUAGGCAACCUUGGUAUGAAGAUACGGGUGGGGAUGUGGCGUUGGUUGGGAGACUCUCCAGGAGGCAUGGAACCAUUCAAGAGGAGAGAUGGACCCGUGAUCACAUCAACUGCUAACACGAUGCAUUCACUAGGGGCCAGCGGUCAUGUGUAGAAGGGCUAAUUUUGACUUAGUGGAAUGCCCGUCUGGAACAUUCAGAGAGAGUUUAGUGCAUCACAUAUCAGCAGUGUAUAAAACGCUCUGUGGAUGCAGUCAUGGACAAAUCCAAUGUGGAUAAGAUUUCUUUCUGUUUUUUCACUGAUUUGAAGAAUUUCACAAGAGGCAAUACAAUAGGUUAUAAUCAUACAAUACCAUCUCUCCCUGUAAAUAACAGGAGUCAUUAAUGAAAUAUUUGUAAUGUGGUAGCUUGAGCAUGUUUAGUUUACCUUAGCAUUAGUUUGCUGAGAAAGGAACCCCGAGAAGAAGGGUGUCUUUUUUGGUUCAUGACUAGGCAGUAGUUGCUUCCCAGCAUCCUUCUGUAAUACAGAUAGGCCAGAACCUCCCAUCCACCUUGACUUGUUUUACCCUCCCUCUGUCCUCCCUCCCCCUAUUCUUCCUCUUCUCUCUCAAACUCUUACAUUUUGUUUGUAUAGGAAACUGCUUCUCUAAAUCUUCAAGUAAGAGACUGUAGAUAUCUCACUCUGAAACAGAAUGUUUAUUUUCAGAAGUGGUGUUCUUUAAAAAAAAAAAGAAAUCCUGCAUAUAGAUUCAUCAGUGAGCACUUUAAAACACGCAGUCUCAAGCAGCAUUGGAAUAUUUAUUUCAUUUGUCAUUAUAGACUUUGAACCUGAUCUGAAAGCAUGGCCCUGCCACUGAUGCCUGAGUUUGAAGGUCACACUGGGCAAAAUUCUCAUCUCCCAAAGGUCAGCUCCUGUAUCAUGAAGAUGUUGCCAAUUCCAAGGUCAGCUAGCACCUACUAAUGAUUGACAUGCUCCCUUGGGUGAGAUGUCCAGAUACUGAAUUUAGUCAUGAUUUAAUAUGAAGGAAGGAAGGAAGGAUGAAAGAAAGGAAGGAAGGAAGAAAGAAAGGAAGAAAGGAAGGAAGGAAAAAAGGAAGGAAAGAAGGAAGGAAGGAAGAAAGAAAGAAAGAAAGAAGAAUGUACUAUAGGUUAUAGGAUGCACUGGAAUGCACUAUAGGUUUCUAAAAAUCUUGAUAUCUUUAUUUGAAUGUGUGCUCAAGGUUCAUUUUGGUCUUUCUUUCCCUCCUCUUUAUUUUCUCUUACUUGGGAAACUAGAGAAGUCAACAAAUGGAUUAUUCUCAUCUGGAAGCGUAAUAUCCAAAUAAUCAAGAAAGUAAGAGGCAAAUCAAGGAAUUCAUCUUUGCUACCUGUACCUUCACAUAGUUUAAGGAUAGGGGCCUAAGCCAUGAUUUCAUUGGUAUGGGGAAUUUCCUUACCUGGAAGUAAAGAAAUCUAUUCCUUAAGUAACAUGCUCAGGGUCAUCCUUGUCCAGCAGGUAUGUAUCUGAAGUGACAGGUGGUCUCCUUGGAUCCAUGGAUGGUUCUUUGUCCACAACUUGAUGCUUUCUCUCAUGGGUUCUUGUGGUGUGUAUAUAACUAUUGCAGCAGGCUUACCAAUCUAAUAAUCCUGAGUAACUUGUAGCUGAACAUCCAUUCUUAAUGAUACUGCCUUUGUGGAUAUCUUGGGCUGCAGAGGCAGGACAAAUAUGAUAAUUAAUGUCUGCAUUCAUUAAAACAUCCAAGCAUCUUCUAUGGUUAUUGUUUUAGGGGGUGGAUGGGUUAUGCGAUAUUAUUCUGCUGCAUUCUUGCAUGCAAAUGAAUUGCGUAAUCUAUGUGACAAAUCUUAUAUCCAAUGUGGCAGCACAUUUCUAGGGUGGUGCGAUAUAUUCAUUGCCUCAGUGCCCAUGGUUUCAUCAGCUUAAUGGUUUCCACAUUUAAAUGCCUCCUUGGGGCUCCCCCAGUCUAUAAGAAUGGAUAAUAAGAUCACAGAUUUUAUAUUAAAGGAACGUUAGAGGUUAUCUAGCUCCGCUCCCUCACUCUACAGUUGAGGUUUGGAGAACUGCAGUGAUUUAUACAACAUAUAUUUAUUAUAUAUAUUUAUACAGCCUGAGUGUGCCUCAGGCAAAUUCCGAGCUAAGUUUUCCAGACUUAAAGACCAGCUCUGAAUCCCUGGUGCCAUGCUGUAUAACCCGCUGUCAUAAUACUAAGACCAUGGUGAAAUUUUGCACGUGAAUUUCUCUGAUGUGUUCCACAGAUUAGUUAUUGAGAAACAUCUAUUGUUCAGACACACCAUUUGAGAAGCUUCUGCCCUUAUUUCUAUGCUUAGGUCCCUGGACAAUUUUAAAUUACUUUUAAACAAGACAUACUUUACAAAACAUCAAAUCAUUUUUGAAAGCAUUUGUGUUUAGCAUAUAAAGUAAAUCCCCAUCAAUUAUGGAUGAAUGGGUUAAUAUGUCAUAAUUCUGUCUAUUUUCAGAGUCUCUUUAAUAUUGCUAAAAGUAAAAAUGACCCAAAAUAAAAUUCCCCUUUCACUAAUAGUCUCUAGGUUGACCAGCUCUUGAGUUCAUUGUAUAGAAUGUCCAUACACAAACUUUCUCUUUGGAGAGACUUGGCAAAUUAUCUUAGUUCUAUUUUGGUGCUUCCCAGAUCAAUGUAUCACUGAUAGGUUUGUAUGUUUUUGUUAAAUGUCCCAAUUCACAGAAAUUGUUAUGAACUUCGUGUCUUCAAUUUUUGAUCAUGAAAUCAUUAGUUUAGAUCAAAAAACCAACAGGCCAGAAACCAAUUGAUCAAAGCCUGUUGUUUGGAAACAUAAGGUCUUUAAUUUGUCUUUUCAAAAGCUUUAUAAUACUAUUUAAACAGGGAGAAGGGAAACAUGAGAUUGGGAGCCAUCUUGCCAGCAGCCUUCCUUUCCUGGAAAACUGGCUGUCAUAUAGAAAUCCUUUUCCUUUAGGGAUUCCAAAAGAUUUUCUCAAUACUCUGGGAAUUUAUAACUUAAAAUUUCUAUGCCCUAUAGGCAUAGAAAAUAUUGUCAAAGUUACUACUUUAAAAUAAGAGGAAUGGCAGUAUGAAUAUAUAUAAAAAAGAAAAUAGUCUAAAUUCUAUAUAAUUGAAAUUUUAAAAUGCAGUUCUUUUCAAAAUAUAGAAAUUUGCACUUAGUGGGCACUUACUAUAUUUUCAUCAGACUUCUGCGUUGAAAUACAUAUUGUAACAGUUACUAGCUAAUUUGUGUCCAAUGGUAAUUCAUAUUUAAUGCUCUUCUCACAAAGACUCAGAGAUAAUGCAAAUAUUGUAUCCCCUUUCACAGAAGGGGAUUUAGAUUUAGAGAGGGCAAGUGACUCAUGAUUUGUCCAGGGUCAUGCAGCUAAUAAUAGAAAUAGCUCAUGUUUGUUUAAAGGUUUACAGAGAAUUUUUAUAUAUACCAUCUCAUUGAAGUGUCAGCCCCAUGAGAGAGGCUCAAGAAAGAAAUAGUUCUAGCACCAUUGUACUUAUGAGGAGACUGAAGCUCAGCUGUAUUGCCAUUGGUCAUGCUAGAGGUGGGACUCUUAACCAUAUCUUCUAAUCUCAAAGUCAGUGCUGUGAUCCUCUCACUUACUCCUCACCCCCUACAAUAAUAAUCUAAUAGAUUUGUGAGAUAGACUCUAAUGAUUAAGUGAAAAUAGAUAUAAUCAUCAUUUUUUUUUGCUGGCCUGCUGAUUCUAAAAAAUAGUUGCCUAUAAUAUUUUUUCAAGUAGUUUUGAAUACUCCUUUCUCAUAUUGUUUAUCUUAUUUGUUUGCUUGGCAAACUUUUCUCCCAGAGCCAGCACAAGGCGAACUUCAGACAAAUUCUAAAUUAGAAAGAUACAAAUGAAUCUAUCUUUAUUGCUGAGGACUUUAACCCUCUUUUAGUUUUAGUUUUUGCUUAAAGAUGAGAGAGAGACAGAAAGAGACAGAGAAAGAGAGAGACAGAGAGUCAGAGUUAGAGUUAGUUCAGUAAAUGAUUCAGGUUGACAGCUCCCAGGUAUUGUUAUUUGGAAAUCUUCCAGCUCUCACUCUGACAUGGCAAGCUUACUGGACCCUGAACAGGGGAGUGAAAGAGAAGGAUUUGGAUACCUGGGUGACUUGCCAGCCUAGUAGGAGGUCAUUGGAGAGGAAGUUUGAAAAACGUCCAUGAGAUCAAUUGUGGUCCUGAAGUGACUACAUAAAUGGUUGUAUCAUAGGUUAUAAGGCCUUCUGGGGAGGUCUCGGUAGCUUCCUUCUCAAUCCUGCUGACAUGGGGCCCAGAUGACAGAGAUAUCAGAGUUCCUUCCUAGAGAUCAAAUAUAGCCAUGCUAUUCACUUAGCCAUUAUUCUAGGUAUCGGGGUAUUUAACUCACAGGCUUAACCCGUGGAAUUGUUUCAGAUAUCACCAUAAGUGUAAUUGCCUGGAGAAAAAUCAACCACCAAUAGAUAUUUUCCUCCUUUUCUUUUGAAAAACAAAGAUUUUGUGUAUACUUGAGUAAGGUACCAAAAAAAAAAAAAAAAGGCCAAGAAAAUUGAAGGAGAGAAAAUCCUUUAGCAAUAUGGCGGAUGUAGAAAAUUUUAGUCAUCGGAACAAGUCCUUCCUACUAUCCCACAUUACUUAGAAAAUAGCUCUAUGUCUUUUUUCAGCAUGCUCAAAGUCUAAAACUUCCUGUAUAUUUACUUGGUAGGUAAAUAAACCAUGAUAAUUUUUGUGUCUUUCUGCUCCACCCCUCCACUCCCCUCCAUCCAGUACCCCUUCCUUUGAAAGAUGUUGCUAUUAUCUAAAAGGAUGGUUGCCAAGUCAACACACACACACACACACUUUUUUUUUUUUUGGUGAUGUAACUUUGAAUUCUAUCUAGUUUCUGGACAAGAAAUACACUUGGUUGUAUUUCACCUCUGGCACACUUGAAUAAUAAAGUAGCUUUCUUCUGACUCUCAGAAAUCUAAAGAAGAUUUAUUUUCACAGAAAGGUAAAAACUGGAUGCUGCCCAUUCAAGAGAAUGUAUACCCCCCUUCUGCUGUUUGCUGUGUUCAUUUGUCAUUUAAUUAAUUGUGUGAGAACUGUCACCUUGUAAUGAAGUGUGUGUAUGGGGGGUAGGGCAUGGGAAAUGUUUUAUGAAAAAAAUAAAUUAUAAGCAUAACACUAUGACGUAACAUUUAAGGAGUUUCUUUUUAAGUGCAAUAUAUUUAUUUCUGCUAGAAAUGUAAUAUCAAUAGUAUGUAAUAUUUGAAGCAUUAAAUGUUAUUUGUAAACAGCUUAAAAUUAUAUUUCACCCCCAAAUUGUACAGAUGUGCAAAUGUGUGGAUAUCAAUUUCUUUCAUUAAAACAUGGUGUGUUUUUGAUA